AUGAUCCUUCAUCUCGGCCUGUGGAAGGUGCUCUUCCUCUCCACAUGGUCCCUAACUGAACAGGCUAAACUCAGCAGCCCUCCUGAAGUAGUGAUACCCUUGAGGGUCACUGACACUAGUAGACAUGAUGCUUCCCCAGACUGGCUGUCAUAUAGCCUGCACUUUGGAGGAGAGAGACAUAUUAUCAACAUGAAACCCACAAAAUACUUCAUUUCCAGAAACUUCCUACUGUUCACCUACACUGAUCAAGAUGAUCUCCUUGCAGAACAGCCAUUUGUGCAGACUGACUGCUACUAUCAUGGCGAUGUAGAUGGAGACCCAAAUUCCAUGGUGAUUAUUAACACCUGUUUGGGAAGUUUGCAAGGCAUACUAGAGAUAAAUGGCACUGUUUAUGGACUCAUGCCUAAGAAGUCAACUUCCACAUUUGAACACCUUGCUUACAAAAUGGACAGUGAGGACUCAGAAUCAUUUUCUAUGAGAUGUGGGUUAACAGAAGAGGAAAUAGCACGACAAAUGAAGAUUCAAGAAAGCAAAGACUCCACGCUUAUGCAAAGCCAGUAUCAGAACUGGUGGACCCAUCACAAAUACCUUGAAUAUUAUGUGGUGGUUGAUAAUCAACGAUAUGUUUAUAGAGCAAGUAAUAUCACAGUUUGUAUGCAGGAAAUGUUGCAAAUUGUCCAUGGGAUAAAUGGUUAUUAUCGUCAGAUAGAUGUUGAGGUGAUUUUAACUGCACUGGAAGUUUGGACUAUAACAAACAAAGUCAAUGUAACAGAAUCUAUAUCAAACGUCCUAACUAAUUUCUGCAGUUGGAAGGGAAGGAACAUUGAUGGACGCAUUAGAAAUGAUAUUAUACAUCUUUUUGCCAAGCAAGGAUAUGGUAUAUAUCUGGGGCUAGCUUACAUAGGAACAAUUUGCACAAAAAUUAAUUGUGCAGUGAACAGUUUUCAGACAGAUUCACUGCAAACUAUGUCAUUCAUUAUAGCACAUGAAAUGGGUCAUAAUUUGGGUAUGGAACAUGAUAAAGAAUUCUGUACUUGUGGGUUAUGGAGCUGCAUAAUGGCCCCAGCACAAUCUAAUUCACCUAGAUUUAGCAACUGCAGUUAUGAACAGAUGUUUCGAACAAUUACCAGAAGAGAUUGUUUAUACAAUUAUCCAGAAGAAAUAAUCAGAAUGAACAUAACAACUGUGCGCCCCCCAGCCAAGUGUGGGAAUUACAUAGUUGAAAAUGGAGAGCAGUGUGACUGUGGAACCCCUGACUCGUGUGAAACAGAUCCAUGCUGUCAGGAAGACUGUGCAUUUAAACCUGGUGCUGAAUGUGCUUUUGGACUUUGUUGCAAAGAUUGCAAGUUCAUUCCCACAGGUACAGUGUGUAGAGAAAAGAACAAUGAGUGUGACCUUCCAGAAUGGUGCAAUGGAAGUUCAGCUGAGUGUCCAGAAGAUGUGUACAUGGAAAAUGGAAGCCCAUGCAGGGGUGAUGGUUAUUGCUAUAAUAAGACAUGUCCUAGACAUGAAGAACACUGUUGGAGACUUUUUGGCAGCAAAGCCAAGAGUGCAGGAGAGAUUUGUUACAAGGAAAUGAACACAAGGGGCGACCGUUUUGGUAACUGUGGUAAUGAUAGCUUAAAGUAUAGAAGUUGUGCUGCUGCUGAUGUACUCUGUGGACGAAUUCAGUGUGACAAUGUACAACUGAUUCCACAUAGAAGAAGCCAUGAAACAGUGCAUUGGAUUCACUUCAACAAUAUCACCUGCUGGAGUAUAGACUUUCAUUUUGGAAUGACAGUAGAGGACAGUGGAGCAGUGAGAGAAGGCUCAGUUUGUGGUAGAAAUAAACUGUGCAUUAGGAGGAAAUGUGUCCCUAAGUCUACUUUGAUACAUAACUGUACAACACACUUUUGCAAUAUGAAAGGAGUCUGUAACAAUAAACAUCACUGCCAUUGUGAUGCCCAAUGGGAACCACCAGACUGUAGAACAAGUGGCUUUGGAGGUAGUAUAGACAGUGGACCACCGCCAAGGCCAUAUUCAAAGAAUUCCAAAGUUGGUAAGUUUAUACUAGCUCUUUUUAUUCUUUUGGCUUUGGCACUUUGCUUGACUUCCCUAAUUACAAAAGAAAAAUCACAAAGCAAACUCGAACUAGAAGAAAUGUAUGAGCCAGAAGCUGAACAAGCACAUGUAGCUGAACCUUCGCCUGAUGAUUUAGCUGAGAAUAAUGACAAAAGUAAACAGAAAAGACAAAAGAAAUAA